AUGUUAAUAUUUGUGAUAAUCUAUUCAAGCCUACGAAUAGUUCGAACACUUUCGCCCGAUGAUUCACCGCCAAACAUUUAUCGCUUCAUUUCAGAAAACUCUUAUAUUUGUCCAUCGGUGACAAAUCCGGAUGGGAGUACUGUGCAAUUUUUGGACGAAAAGGAUGGACUGAAUUGUGAAAUGUGUCCACAGACUGCAGAGACUGAAAUGGCUUGUGGAUUGAGAAUUCACGCAAAUGGUUUUGAUGUGAUGAUUGGAUGCUUUGAUGUUCCGAAGAUUUGUUUGGAGGAGUAUCAAUUCCGAUUUCAUCCUCUCAUUUCAAAUGGAGAGGAAACUGAAGCGACAACUUUUGCCGAUGACGCUAAUUCAAAUCAAAUUAUUACAGAAAACUUGAGCGAGCAAUCGUCAUUUUCUGAAGAAACGAUGGCAGAUUCAACAAAGUCAGACAGUGCAGAGCUGGAAUUUCCUACUGAGUUGCCCAUUGCUCAACCUCUUAUUGCUGAUGUGUCUCAACAAAAGAAUGAUGUCACCAACAACAUCACAAAGAAAAGCAACAUGGUUAUUGGAGAGCCGCCUGACUAUGAAUUGGAAUUCUUGAAAAAUGAUACAAAACCAACAAAGAAACUCAAAACUGCUGCCAAAUCCCAUCCUGUUACGACACCAUUUCCAUUACCUAUUUCUCUUUCAUCAACUCAUUCAAAACUUCGUGACAAGAGCAACAAAAUUUCAAUGUGGAACAAGAUUGUCGAGUCCAAGAUUCAAAACAAGCAACGAAUACUCUCAAUUCAUCAGCAAUUACCCGUUGAGACAGAUAUUGAAGCGAUUGCCAUUGAUAAUCAUCUAAUUUCUAAAGAUCUUAACAGUGAAAAGAUUGAAUUUGGUUCACCUGAUAAAGAAGGAAUGAUUCGCAAUGAAAAACGACGAAGAAUUGGCCCUGAAAUAACAGAGGCACCAUUUGGAUCUUUGCUAAUUCAUAAACUUAAUGAAACAAGGAUUUGUGAAGACAAAAAUGAGUUAUGUUGCUUUUGGGCGAUAGCUGGUGAAUGUUCUAAAAAUCCUUUUUGGAUGAGAAUGAAUUGUGCGAAAAGUUGUGGAACUUGUAAUUGCACUUUGAGACUUGCUGAUAAAUGUAAAUCUACUGGCGUAAAAUGUGUUCUACCAACGACAACAACCACAACCACGACAACCACAACCACAACCACCACCACAACCACCACUACCACUACGACAACACUAAAAACCAGAAGAACAAGACCUCCUCGUCCAAGAGGACAAUGGGGCUUUUGGAGAACCGAUUCACCCCCCACCACCACAACUACAACUACAACGACCACAACUACAACAACAACUACAACAACAACUACUACUACGACUACCACAACCACUACAACAACUACUACAACCACUACAACGGAUGACCCAUGCAAAAAUCUUGAUGAAAACUGUGAAUUCUGGGCUGGACUUGGAGAGUGUGAGAAAAACCCGUUUUGGAUGAGGCCACAUUGUCAAAGAGCCUGCAAAAGUUGUGGGGAGAGGGUGGAAACCGUUUUUGCUCCGACACCAAAGAAAGGUUGUGAAAAUAUGCACAUGAACUGCAAUUUUUGGGCAUGGAGUGGAGAAUGUGAAAAGAAUCCGAAUUACAUGUUACCUUUUUGCCCUUUGAGUUGUUUGAUUUGU